UCCACUACAGAUGUCACAGUCCUUCAUAAAAUCUUAUUUCACAAGGAAAGGUUCUGAACAGUGGGAACUACAUGUGCCGCCACAGGAUAGCUCAAUACUGCAGUGGUACAGAUGGCCAAUUGGCUUCAUUACUACUGGCUUCGUUCGUGGAAGUGGAAAGCCUGUUGCGGUUGCAUUCUGUGAAGCAAGAAUCCUUAAGAGGCUGAAAGAGCAGCAAGCAACAGUGAUGGAUUCAACAGGACCUGAGAUUUUUGUGCUGGUCAGAAAUUUGAAAUCAAGUACUUAUCGACGAGCUGUUGCCACUAUUUUCCUAGAUCUGGCAGUUGAAGAUCUAGGCUGGAUGUAAGGAAUGAAGAACCUUUCCAACUCUCAUGACAUUCCGACAAAAAUAUAGGUGACGUCUCCCUGAAGGUUCGAAGGGAUGCUGCAAAAUUAAGGGUUAAGAUUGCAUAAUUAUUUUAUUUAUUUGUAUUUUUUGUAUGCAUAGAUCAUGAUGAAAUAUGGGUUUGCAUGUCAACCAGUUUGUUGAGUUAAUUAAUUUUUAAUUUCUAUGGCUUUAUCAAAUGGAUUAUAAGUGUUGAAUCUGAAAUUGCCCGUGAAUCACACCCAAAGAAUAGAGCGUAAAAAAAACGAGCAAGAGAGAGAAAAAUAGUAAUGAACAAUGUUGAAUAAUGUUAUUUUCAUAACAUGUUCCACCUUAUUUAUAGGGGA